AAUUACCAAAGGGUGAACAUGAUUGAUCUAUUAGAGUAUGGGUAGUACGAGUAGUAUUGUGCUAUACUACGAGUAUUGCUAUCUAAUUGGUCAGAAUUAUAUUCCUUAUAAAAAUCAUAGAAGAUAAGUAAUUUUUGUAUUAGUGUUAGGGUUGUUGUAGAAGUUUGUCACUGUACUCUAUAUAAACCCUGCCAUGUUACUGUUCGGAGUAUACAUGGUUCUGUGAUUUGGUUUUCUUGGUUCGACGAUGUUGUUCGAGGUAUCUUUGGUUUGUUUUCACGAUAGUCAGUUUUUGGAGCUUGUUUGGAGGACAGGUGUUUCGAACGACAAGGCAGUUUUGGCAAGAGAUCUCGUUGCAUCCAGUCAUCACCAUCAAUGUUUUGGUGGGGCAUGGUUUUCUUCGACAUUGGCGUGAAGUUUGAGAUUAGUAGCAGUUAUUAGUGUCAUAGUUAUAGAUUUUUUUUCAUUGUGUUGUUUUUUGUUUUAAUUUUCAAAUUGUUGGUAAGUUAGUACCAUCAAUUUGGGGAGGGUAUUAGUCAUUAGAGUAUGGGUAUUGGGUAGUACGAGUAGUAUUAUACUAUCCUACGAGUACCGUUAUCUAAUUGGUCAGAGUUAUAUUUCUUAUCAGAGUCGUAGAAGUUAAGCAAUUUCCGUAUUAGUAUUAGGGUUAUUGUUGAAGUCCAUCUCUAUACUCUAUAUAAACCCUAUGUGGUUUCAAUAAUAGCACAUAACAAUUUCCACCGUAUUCUGAUUUCUCAACACCAUAGUUAAUAACUUAAUAUAACUCUACACCAAUAUUGAUGUUGAUAUGGCAUUGUGAAUUCCCCGAUUGAUCAAGGCACAAAUAUAUAUGGACUAUGGAGUUUGGGAGUUUGAAAGUUCCCUAUGCCAUCAUUCCACAACUGCCUAGGGUUGAUGCAAAAGUGCAUUUUGGUUGAGGUCAAUAUCAAUAAUUUGUAAUGAAAAUAUUUCUCUCAUUGUGAAAGAAUUAUUAUAUAUCUUAAUUAGUACAAGAGCGAUUGAUCUUUGUGUGUUAAUACCGUUGAAUUGUCCUUCUAUAAUUCAAUUCUUGUAUGCUAAUUUGAAGAUAUUUUUAUAAAGAACAACGCAACUACGAAGCAACUACCAUGAACAAAAAAAAAAAAAAACCAACAACACGAACACUCGACCAUUACAUGUGUUGCUUUGAUCGUGUAUAAAAACAAAGUAUUAAUCUAUAGGUAGUGCCUCAAAAUUCAAACUCAAUCCAUUCACCAUCCAAAUAAAUAAACUAAAUUCAAUGCUCACUACUAGGGGUCCAUCCAUAUUUGAUUUUUCAAUUUUAACCGAAACCAAACCAGUUAGAUGCAUUGUCGAGACUUUUUAUAUUGUUUCGAGUUUUUGGUUUUCGAAAGAUAACGAUUUCGAUUUUUCGAGGAUAUAUUGUUUCAGUUUGGUAACGAAAUUCGACCCGAACAGACACCCAUACUCACUUCUCUAGUGAUUUAUCAUUUACCAAUAGAUUGCCUCUACGUGGAGCCAACGUACCAAGUCUUCAUUUUCUAUAUAUAAUAAUAAAAAUAUAACAAUGUAUAUCCCCAAAGACACAAACCCAUCCAAAACCCAACAAAAACAGACAACAAAAAAGCAAAGGCAAAAACAUAACACAAAUGGCGAUGACGACAACCACCACCACCAUCCCCAAACCGCAGCUGGAAGGAAUCCAGACGGUACCUCCCUCGAGAAUAACAGAGCCUAGGACAACCCGCCACGUGUCCCCGUCCGACGAGGCCGGGCUGACGAAGGGAUGUUUCAACCUGGUUCUGUUCUACUCCAACCGGUCGGUUCGUGAGGAUUCCGGUUGGGUUGCGGCCGGGUGGAUGAAGGAAUCGCUGGCCCGGGUGCUAAACCAGCAGCCGCUGCUCGGAGGACGGCUGAGGAAAACGGGGGACGAAAUGGAGAUUGUGUCAAACGACAGCGGAGCCCGGCUGCUGGAGGCGACGGUGGCGGUGGGGUUGAAGGAGUUUAUGGCGACGGCGGGGGAGGUCAGGGCGGCGGCGGAGGCGGAGCUGGUUUUCUGGAAGGAGAUCGAUGAGCAGAGUCUUGAGUUCUCUCCCUUGCUCUACGUUCAGGUGACGAAUUUCAAGUGCGGCGGAUACUCCGUCGGGAUCAGCUGCAGCCUGCUCGUCGCCGACCUCCUCAUCGCCGGCAACUUCCUCCACAAAUGGGGGGAAAUCCAGAAGGGAAUGAUCUCCACCUCCGCCGCCGGAGCCAACCUCCCGAUCUUCUAUCUACCGAACCUGAAGCCCAAUGGGUCGUUCACGCUCGAAGCAUUCAGCUCGACCCCGACCAGGGGCCAGGCCCAUACUCUAAUCCUGAAAAUCACGCGGCCCAAUAACCAGUUGGGCCUGGAGGCCCAAUUGGCGGAGCUCUGCGUGGAAGAGGCCCAGCGCAGAUUUGGCUCAAAGGGGGAAAUCUCGAGCUUCCGCGUGGUGGAUUUGAAGGAAUCGCCGGCGGUCUUGAAGGUGAAGACGUGGAGCCCGGAAUCAGAGGGAAAUGAGGGGAAGAAGCCGGCGGCGGGAGGAGGUGGAAUUUCCGCCGGGAAUGCGACGUGGGAGGAUUUGGGGAUCGAGGGGGUGUCUUUUUACGCUGGGAAUAAGCCCGCUAGCGUCGCGAGUUGGGUGAGCUGGCUAAACGACGACGUGUUGGUGAUGCCGAUUCGCGAUUGUGGCGGUGUCGGCGGCGGCGAUGUGAUCGUGGUGGUUGCGGUCCCCGGCAAGGGGAAGCGAAUGAACGACAUUGUACUUUAGACCCGACCCGGAAGAAGGAAAAGAAGGCACGGUGAGAAGGGAGUGUUUGAGCUCACGUAUUACGUGGUACUUAAUUGCGAUUAAGUAGUAAUUUUUUUUAUAGAGAUUAAGUAAUAAUUACUAGUAUGUGUUUUGUGCAAUCAUUCCCAUUUUGUAUUUUGAUUCUUUUGUUUAAGGGGGCAAUAUCGGUUGAGAUGGAAAACUUUUGUGUAUUAAUUUGAUAUUUUACUUUCUUUAGUUGGAAUUUUUUUUUUAUUUGGAUCCACAAAGAUUUCAUAUUUGGAAUAAAGUCUCACCCACAUGGUUCAAUAAUCGGAUUCGACUAUU